UGCAGCGGGGCGGCGCCUGGCUCUUACCAAUAUGGCUACCCCCAUGCACCGGCUGAUCGCUCGUAGGCAGGCUGAAGCAAACAAGCAGAAUGUGCGUUGUCAGAAGUGCCUCGAAAUGGGUCACUGGAGCUAUGAAUGUACUGGGAAAAGAAAAUAUCUGUACAGACCGUCCAGAACCGCUGAAUUAAAGCGAACAUUAAAGGAAAAAGAGGCGGCGAGACUGCUUUUAGGACAAAGUAGUGGCAGCAAUAUAACAGAAACAAAGAUGAGGAAGAAGAGAUCUAAAAGUGUCACCAGCUCCAGUAGCUCUAGCUCAAGCAGCAAUAGCUCAGACAAUGACCCUUCUUCAGACAGUGAGGAUACCUCCAGUUCAUCCUCUUCCUCUGAGGACACAUCUUCCAGUUCUUCAUCCUCAUCGGAGAACUCCUCGUCUGACUCCUCAUCUGACACUGAGUCAGAAUCUGAAACGAGCAGCAGCAGCAGUGGUACUACGAGUAGUAGCAGCAGUGAAGAUGAUAGUAGCUCAGAAGAUGAGCCACUUAGGAAGAAGCGAAAGAAUUAGUUGUGUCUAGAAGAUUUUGAAAGAAGUCUCUUUGUGGAGAAAAGCCUGAUUGUUCACCAACUUUGGUGCCCUUCUUCAAUUUCAAGUUUGUCUUUGUUGAUUUCAGUACUGUUAAGUUUUCAUUAGAACUACAGAUUGCAAAUGAAAUGACGGACUCCUUUUAUUCUUUUUUUUGUUCUUUGACCAAGUAUCACUUGUUGGUACUAAAUCAACGUGGACACAAUACGGUCUACAGUCCAUCUGCCUCGGAGGAGAAUUUAAAAUGUACAUAGGUUGUCUGUGCAAAUAUAUAAAAA